AGCGCGAUACCGAUCGGCGGGCACAAGUCCCGAAGAUCUCGUCGGCCAUCACGUACACUCGGGUACCACCUCGGCGUCAGCAAAACCACUCAAUACGUUCCUCGUUAACCGAAUUAGCUUUGGGUCACAUCACUCCGGAAUUAAUCGGAGACGUGACCCGUCUACCGUAUUACGGCUAUCGGCACCAGCUGUCGCGUAUUCCGGUUAUGGGACCAACACCCACCAGCAAUCUAGGAUAGGUGUACAUAUAUUUGAUAAACUCGUGUGUACUCAUAUAUCGACGGACGAAAGAUUACCAGUGCGUGCAUUGACACCUUUGAUGAACGUUGUCGACAAUAAUGGAUGGUAAAAAAUCCAUUAAAUUUACCUUAAAUGGAACGCCACAUACAAUAUCGGGGAAUAUACCGGCUGACACGUCCCUCAAUGUCUACAUUCGCGACUAUGCGAAACUCCGCGGCACAAAAGCGAUGUGCCACGAGGGUGGCUGCGGCGCCUGUAUCGUGGCAGCGGAAAUCAAGGGCGAGACAAUGGCUGUGAAUUCCUGUCUCAUACCGAUAUUAAUCUGCGACGGAUGGACAAUUCACACGAUUGAAGGUAUAGGAAAUAGACGAGACGGUUAUCAUUCGAUUCAAGCCGCGCUAGCUGGGAAGAAUGGCUCACAAUGUGGAUACUGUUCUCCCGGCAUGGUAAUGAAUCUUUACAGCCUUGUGCAGAACAAGAAAUUGACUAUGAAGGAAAUUGAAAAUUCUUUCGGUAGUAACAUCUGCCGGUGUACAGGCUAUCGCCCAAUAUUAGACGCAUUUAAGGGAUAUGCCAUCGAUGCAACCUCACAACUGGCGAAGGACAUUCGUGAUAUCGAGGAAAUUUACAAAGUGAAAACCUGCCCGAAGAGCGGAAUGCCAUGCAGAAACAAAUGCGAUAAACACAUCUCAGAUGCAAAAACGGUGGAUAUAAAGUUGGCGGACGGCGCGGAAUUCUAUAAAGUUUAUUCGAUCGAGAAUCUAUUCGCGGUAUUUCGACAGAAGCCAGAUGCAACGUACAUACUAUAUGGCGGAAAUACAGCGCAUGGUGUUUAUCGGACGAAUAAAACCGACCUUUGCAUCGAUAUAAACGACAUCUCAGACCUGCGUCACAUCGAAAAGACUAAUAAUUCUCUAAUCCUGGGCGGAAACAUAUCCCUGACUAUGGCGAUGGAAACCUUCCAGAAGUAUUCGUCUGAGAAAGGAUUCAAAUACUUACAUCAUCUUGCCCACCAUAUCGAUCUGAUAGCCAGCGUGCCCGUGCGCAACAUGGGCAGCAUAGCCGGCAAUCUGAUGAUCAAACACGCGCACCACGAGUUUCCGUCCGAUCUGUUCUUAAUGCUGGAGACCGCCGGCACUAAAAUUUAUAUCCUCGAGGCACCGGGUGCCAAAAAGAGCGUGAUGCUGCAGGACUUUUUGAAGAUAGACAUGCGCCACAAGAUCGUUUACAGCGUGGUGUUGCCAGCACUAACCGACGAUUACGAAUACAGGUCGUACAAGAUCAUGCCUAGAGCUCAGAACGCCCAUGCUCACGUCAACGCCGGCUUCCUUUUCAAACUCGACGCCGGCGGCAAGGUGCUGGAGAAACCUAACAUUCUCUUCGGUGGUAUCAACGAACAUUUCUUACACGCAACAGAGACGGAGCAACUGCUGGUGGGUAAAUCCAUCUAUGACAAGCAAGUGCUAAAGACAGCGUUGAAAACGUUGCAUAAUGAAUUACAACCCGAUCACGUGCUGCCGGAUUAUUCGCCGGAAUUCCGUAAGACACUCGCAGAAGGAUUAUUCUAUAAAUUUAUAUUGAGCAUCAAACCGAACAAGUUGAAUUCAAAACUUCGUAGUGGAGGCUCCAUACUAGAACGAGGUCUCUCUUCAGGAAUGCAAGAUUAUGAGACAGACAAAAAUAUAUGGCCAGUGACCAAACCUAUUGUAAAGUUGGAGGCUAUCCAGCAAACAUCAGGCGAGGCUCAGUAUUGCAACGAUCUACCUCCGUAUCCCAGAGAAGUAUUUUGCGCUUUCGUACUUACGACUGUUAGUAACGGCAAGAUAGAAAGCAUAGAUGCGAGCAAGGCACUUGCUAUGAAGGGAGUAGUGGCGUUCUACAGCGCCAAAGACGUACCCGGCAAGAAUCUGUGCAUUUCGGUCGCCUGUCAGCUGUUUCCACUAAUGUUCAUGAAUGACGAGUUGUUAUUUGCCGAAGAGGAUGUUCUUUACGCGGGUCAACCGAUCGGCGUGAUCGCCGCCGAAACGCACAAUCUGGCCAAUGAAGCUGCAAAAUUAGUUAAGAUCAAUUAUAGCGAAACACUUAAGAGGCAACCAAUGAUAACUAUUGAGGAUGCGCUCGCCGCGAAGGACGAUACCAGAUUCUUGCAAAGCAUCAGAACUCCAGCGAAAAAAAAAGGAAAUAAUGUUAAACAAACAAUAAAAGGUGUUUUCCAAUGUGGCAGUCAAUAUCACUACUUCAUGGAGACUCAGAGCUGCGUAUGCAUUCCCACAGAAGAUGGUAUGGACGUCUAUCCAACGUCGCAAUGGGUUGAUCUCACUCAAGUCAUGAUUGCGAAUUGUUUGGGCGUUAAACAUAAUAGUAUCAAUGUCCAGGUGAGGCGAAUUGGGGGAGGAUAUGGAGGGAAAGGCUCGCGAAACUCGUUUGUCUCAUUGUCCUGCGCGUUGGUGUCUCACAAACUGAAUCGCCCAGCGCGAUUCAUUACGUCUCUCGAAAGCAAUAUGCAAUAUCAGGGGAAAAGAUGUGCUACGCGCCAAGAAUACGAAGUCGCGAUAGACAACGAAGGAGUUAUUCAAUCUCUCGACUCGAAACACUGGGGUAACGCCGGUUGCAACUUCAAUGAACCUAUCGCUUGGGUCACAGUGCAUCAUAUGGAAAACUGUUACGCGAGCGACACUUGGACGUUGAAUGGAUUCGAGGUGCGAACCGAUAUACCAUCCAACACGUACUGUCGAGCGCCGGGAUCUACGGAAGGACUAGCCAUGAUCGAGAACAUAAUGGAGCACAUUGCGGCAGCGACGAAAAAGGAUCCGGUACAAGUCAGAUUGGCGAAUAUGAACGACGUGGAUAAACCCCCGUUAGAAGCCAUGAUAAAGGAUUUGUCGAAGUCGGCUGAUUACGAGAUGCGGAAGCGGGCCGUUGAAACGUUCAACAACGAGAAUCGCUGGAAGAAAAAGGGUAUUGCCCUAGUACCAAUGAAAUAUCCAUUUUGGUACUAUGGUCAGUUCAAUGCUAUGGUGUCGGUAUGCGCUCGCGACGGUACGGUUUGCGUGUCGCACGGUGGAAUCGAGUGCGGUCAAGGUAUAAAUACCAAGGUCGCGCAAGUGGCGGCUCACACUUUGGGUAUCGAUAUAAGUUUAAUCAGCGUCAAACCAACCAAUAAUAUAAUAGCACCUAACAACUCGGUUACUGGAGGCAGUGUUGCUAGCGAUACUUGUGCUUAUGCCACCAUUCAGUGCUGCAAGGAAAUCCUGAAGAGACUGGAACCGAUAAAAAAAGACAUGAAGAACCCAAGCUGGCAGGAACUCGUUUUUACCGCAUAUCAAAAGGAUGUUGAGUUAUGCGCGCGUUAUAUGUACGCGUCGACAAAGGAUGAUGAAAUCAAACCUUAUCCCAUUUAUGGUGUUACUAUUGCUGAAGUUGAGAUCGAUCUCUUGACAGGCCAGCAUAUUAUCAGAAGGGUUGAUUUGAUGGAAGACGCUGGAACUAGCAUGAAUCCAGAAAUCGACAUCGGCCAGGCGGAGGGGGCUUUUGUGAUGGGAAUAGGGUACUGGACUUCUGAAGAACUGGUGUAUAAUCCUAAAACAGGAAUGUUAACCACUGAUAGAACCUGGAACUACAAACCGCCAGGAGUGAAGGAUAUUCCUGAGGACUUUCGCGUAUCUCUCCGUAAAAACGCGCCUAACCCAACGGGUGUUCUUCGAUCGAAAGCGACUGGUGAACCUCCGCUUUGCAUGAGUUACGUAAUUGCAAUCGCGAUUCGUUACGCGUUGAACUCUGCUAGAGCGGAUGCAGGAUAUAAGGACGAAUGGUACCAAUUAGAUGCACCUUUCACCAACGAACGCAUACUUCUGAGUAGUUUAACCAGCAAGGAUAACAUGAUGCUGUAAGGGCAAAAGUAAGACUUGCCAAUAAACUAGCAUUUAAAUUCUCUCUCUUUCUCUCUCUAAUUCUUAUAUCUAUUAUUAUUGUUCGUCUGUUUUAUUACUGUUAAACUAGAAUAAAUUUAGAGUCUAACCUGUAUAAGCCAAUUCACUUAAGUCGUCUUUUAGUAGAUAGAAAGGUUAUAGAUUAAUAAUGGAAAUAACUCGAUUAAUUAAUAGGUCUUUAAGAUAACUAAGAUACAAUUUCUGUUUUUAUGAUAAAUAGUUGUUAUAAGUAUUGUUCAUUAAAUAACACACUGAUGAUAUAAAAAAUGUUACAUUAUCUGUAACCAAAUUUUGGUAUUAAUGAUAUAAAACAAAUAAAAGUAAUUUAACAUGGA